AUGGCGGCCGUCCUCCUACCCCCCGCUGGUGCCCGGUCUACCUUGUACCCUGCCUCCCAGCAGAAAGGACGCAGAGAGGAGGAAGGGCUGGUUAGUGAGUUCCUGACGAGCUGGUUACAGGACUUGGUGACCUUCAAGGAUGUGGCAGUGGAGUUCACCCAGGAGGAGUGGGCAUUGCUGGACCCCUCUCAGAGGACACUGUACAGAGACGUGACGCUGGAGAACUGCCGGAACCUGGCCUCACUCGGGUGUCAUGUUGACAACCCCAAUCUGAUAUCGCAGUUGGAACAAGAAGACAAGGUGAUGACAGAGGAGAGAGGAAUUCUCCCAAGCACUUGUCCAGAUGUGGGGACUCUACUUAAAGCCAAAUGGCUACCUCCUAAGAAGCAUGUUUUUAGAAAAGAACGGUCUAAAGGUGUAAAAGCGGAAAGAAGUCAUCGUGGAGUGAAACUCAAUGAAUGUAGUCAGUGUUUCAAGGUCUUCAGCACAAAAUCUAACCUUACUCAGCACAAAAGAAUUCACACUGGAGAAAAACCCUAUGACUGUAAUCAGUGUGGAAAGUCUUUCAGCAGUAGAUCUUACCUCACUAUUCAUAAGAGAAUCCACAAUGGGGAGAAACCCUAUGAAUGCAAUCACUGUGGGAAAGCAUUUAGUGAUCCUUCAUCUCUUAGACUACACGUGAGAAUUCACACCGGAGAAAAACCCUAUGAGUGUAACCAGUGUUUUCACGUCUUCCGCACUAGUUGUAACCUCAAAAGCCACAAGAGAAUUCAUACGGGGGAGAAUCACCAUGAAUGUAAUCAGUGUGGAAAGGCUUUCAGCACAAGGUCCUCCCUUACUGGGCACAAUAGCAUUCAUACAGGGGAGAAGCCUUAUGAGUGUCAUGAUUGUGGGAAAACCUUUAGGAAGAGCUCAUACCUGACACAGCAUGUGAGAACUCAUACUGGAGAAAAACCCUAUGAAUGUAACGAGUGUGGGAAAUCCUUCAGCAGUAGCUUUUCUCUUACCGUGCACAAGAGAAUACAUACCGGAGAAAAACCCUAUGAAUGCAAUGACUGUGGGAAAGCGUUUAAUAAUCUCUCAGCUGUUAAGAAACACGUGAGAACUCACACUGGAGAAAAACCCUAUGAAUGUAAUCAAUGUGGAAAAUCUUUCACUAGUAACUCUUACCUUUCUGUGCACAAGAGAAUACAUAAUAGGUGGAUAUGAAUUUCUGUGGGAAAGUGCUCGCGGAUCGCUCAUCUCUAAGACAACUUGAGAGAAUUCACACCAGAUGUAUAAGUUAUCAGUCACAGCAUAACA